AUCUCCUCCAUCUAACUCUCUUUAAGUACAAAUUAAUUUCUUAAAACAUUAAAAAAUUAAGAACCAAAAAACAAAACCUCUAAUACAUUUUUUUGUUUCCCAAUCAUUUUUCCCGUUCUCCGAUUACAGUUGCAAUUCGACAAAUUCCGAUCGAUUUCACAGCUAGAAUUGCACUGUCUCAAAAUCAGCUGAGUGACGACGAUGUUUUUCAGCGGUGAUCCGUCGACUCGUAAGCGAGUUGCUUUAGGAGGUCGAAGUACCAAGGAAAGAGAUAGACAGAAGCUUCUAGAACAAACUAGAAUGGAGCGUCACCGUCGGUUAUGGUUACGGCAGCAAAAUACUUCCGCAAUUAAAAUUCAGAAAUGGUUUAGAGGUAGAAAGGCUUUGGAAAUUGAGCGCGGUAAGGUUCGAGAUCAGUUCUAUCAAACCUAUGGGGAUCAUUGUCAAAAUGUGGACUGGCAUUCUUUUGGUCCGGAUUCUGAGUUCCUACGUCAACUAUUCUUUUUCUUUAAUGCGCAUAACAGUGGUGAUCUUGCUAUCCUCGUUGAGACCUGUCAACGGCUUUUGCAAUUUGCUCGAGAUACUGCAGGGGAUAUCGUUAGCCUGUUUGGUGGAAUAAACUACAUGGAGAAUCGUUCUUUAGUGGACUAUAGGGUGAAACAACUCUCUUUCUGCUGUAUUCAGGCGGUGUUUGAAAAUAGAGGGCAAUUGAAGAAUCAACUUCUGAUGACAGGAGGAAAAUCUAGUGAACCACUGGCUGUUCUGCUUGAAGUUGUAGUUUUGUUGAUAGAUCAAAAACGUCCAUGGGCAUGUAAAAUUGUUGGCUAUCUUGUGCAGAGAAAUGUCUUCAAUUUAUGUAGACAGAUUAUUCUUGUGAUAAAGGAAAAUAUAAAGGAUUGUGGCUUUGUUGGAACAUUAUGUUCACUGGAGCACGUGCUUUCUCUUGUCAUUCCUCACGUGGGUCAGAAGCCAUGUAUUUGCCCAGAGAUUGAUCCACAAUGCAGUUUCUUCUCUCAGAUUCUGACAAUUCCUUUUUUGUGGCAGCUUUUUCCAAAUUUAAAAAAGGUUUAUGCAACUCGUUGGCUGAGUGAAUUCUACAUUCAUCAAAUGGCACUUUGUGUGCAAAGCCAUGCUAAUGUACUGCCAAAAGAUGUUUCAGUAGAAUGUCCUGGUUAUGCCUGCCUCCUCGCAAAUAUGUUAGAAACUGCCGGAGUCUCUUUAUCUCAGCCUGAAUGUUCUUUUGAUAUGGCUAUUGACCUUGCGGCUGUUGUAACAUUCUUGCUGGAGACACUCCCUCCUAUAAAAUCAUCCAGUCGAGAAAGUAAAGCAAGUUCUACACUUAGUGAGGAGGAUGCCUCUGUGCCUGAUGAUAUGGAAAUAGAGCUGAAUAGAGAUCUGGAACAGCAGAUAACCAAUGCUAUAGAUUCCCGCUUUCUCUUACAGUUGACGAAUGUUUUAUUUGGAGGAAUUUCACUGCUCAGUGAUUCUCGCUAUGGACUAGAUGAAAGAGAGAUUACAGCCGUUGGGGCUGCAUGUGCUUUUCUGCAUGUCGCUUUCAGCACUUUACCCCUUGAACGAAUCAUGACUGUACUAGCUUAUAGAACUGAUCUGGUUCGCGUUCUUUGGAAAUAUAUGAAGCAGUGUCAUGAACAGCAAAAAUGGCCAUCCUUGCCUGAGCAAUUAUCACAUCUCCCAGCUGAAGAGCCUGGUUGGUUACUACCUCUGGCUGUUUUCUGUCCUGUAUACAAGCACAUGCUUACAAUAGUUGAUAAUGAGGAGUUCUAUGAACAAGAGAAGCCACUAUCAUUGAAAGACAUCCGGUGCUCAAUUGCUAUCUUGAGACAGGCCUUGUGGCAACUCCUAUGGGUGAACAUGAAUCCCACAGCUCACAAGAAUAUUGCGAAACCUACUACAAACAACCUUGCGUUUAAGCGGAAACCGGUUGAAUCUAUUAGACACACAGUUACUGUUGUAGCUUCUGAACUCCUUUCUCAGUUGCAAGAUUGGAACAACAGACGGGAAUUUACUCCUCCCAGUGACUUCCAUGCAGAUGGCGUUGAUGAUUUCUUUAUUUCUCAGGCUGUAAUAGAAGGAACCAAAGCAAAUGACAUAUUGAAGCGAGCUCCUUUUUUGGUACCUUUUACAAGUAGGGUUAACGUAUUCAACUCACAACUAUUAGCAGCCAGGCAAAGACAAGGUUCCACUAGUGUUUUUACAAGAAACAGAUUUAGAAUUCGACGGGAUCAUAUUCUGGAAGAUGCUUAUAAUCAGAUGAGUACAUUGUCUGAAGAAGAUCUACGGGGAAUGAUUCGUGUUACAUUUGUCAAUGAGUUUGGAGUAGAGGAGGCUGGCAUUGAUGGCGGUGGAAUUUUUAAAGAUUUCAUGGAAAACAUUACUCGAGCAGCAUUUGAUGUGCAAUAUGGUUUAUUCAAGGAAACAUCCGAUCACCUUCUGUACCCUAAUCCUGGCUCAGGAAUGAUACAUGAACAGCAUCUUCAAUUUUUCCAUUUUCUUGGGACUCUUCUAGCAAAGGCUAUGUUUGAAGGAAUUCUUGUUGAUAUUCCAUUUGCAACAUUCUUCUUGAGCAAAUUAAAACAAAAGUUCAACUACCUAAAUGACUUGCCUUCAUUGGAUCCAGAAUUAUAUCGUCAUCUAAUUUUCUUGAAGCAUUACCAAGGUGAUAUUUCCGAUUUGGAACUCUAUUUUGUUAUUGUGAAUAAUGAAUAUGGCGAGCAAACAGAAGAAGAGCUUCUUCCUGGAGGAAGAAACUUACGUGUUACUAGUGAGAAUGUUAUAACUUUUAUUCAUCUUGUAUCCAACCAUCGACUGAAUUUUCAGAUACGCCAACAAAGUUCUCAUUUCUUGAGAGGUGUUCAACAGCUUAUACAGAAAGAUUGGCUUGACAUGUUCAAUGAACAUGAAAUUCAGCUCUUGAUAGCAGGAUCGCUAGAGAGCUUGGAUGUUGAUGAUCUUCGUGCCCAUACCAAUUAUGCAGGAGGUUAUCACCAUGAGCAUUAUGUCAUCGAAAUGUUCUGGGGGGUUCUUAAAAGCUUUUCCCUCGAAUAUCAAAAAAAGUUUUUGAAGUUUGUGACUGGUUGCUCACGAGGGCCGUUACUUGGAUUCAAAAACCUGGAGCCAUUAUUCUGCAUACAGAGGGCUGCUGGCAGUGCUUCUGAAGAAACCCUUGAACGCUUACCAACAUCAGCUACUUGUAUGAAUCUUCUAAAGCUUCCACCUUAUAGAAGCAAAGAGCAACUGGAAACAAAAUUGCUAUACGCUAUAAAUGCUGAAGCUGGUUUUGACUUGAGCUGAUACAUUGUGCUGCGAUAACACCGUGGGGAAAAAACCAGUCCAAUUACCUUGGGAUGACCAUCAUAAUCCAUGUGCUGCCGAGUGUAUAGGUCUGCCAAGUGCUGUGCCGAAGACCCAACGAAGUUCAUGUAGAACCUAGGCGGACCAGAAUCAAGUUCGUCUUGAACCAUUUAAUGAAGGCGCAGUAAAACUAAUUAAAAAUAUGGCAUGGAAUGUACAUAUGCUGGGACUUCUGCGGAAGAUAUGAUGUAUCUGAACUUUGUAGAUGGUGAAGCUUUCGCAAGUUGAGUCCUGUGGGAGAUAAUCACUUGAUAUUGACUAGCUGUAUCAUUGCCGGAAGAAUGCGCUUAUAUAGUGUAUAUGUAAGAUGUGAAUGACUAGUCCUUGCAAAAGCUUUAAUGUACAGUGCAUAUUUUUGUAAUAUUUUUAGCAACUUUACAAUCGUUUAGUUGCUGGGUAGAAAGUAUGUUUGGAUUAUCUUGAUCCCUUGAUGAUUAAGGGAUAGAAAAGUAGGAGCCCUUUGUGGUCAUGCUCUUGUUUCAGACUUGGGAGACCCUGUGUCUACUGUAUUUUAUAAAGUGAAGGUAUUUUUUUUAAUAAAUAAAUGUAUUUGCUUGAGUAAAAAUUUAUAAAUUUUGUAAUUUUUUAUUGAAAAGAAAUAAAAUCAUGUUUUGUUUA